UUCGCGUGCGAGAUAGACGAAGGAUAGAAUGAAAAAGAUAUAUUUUUAUGAUGGAAUUGCUAAGGAAGCUAAUCCAAAGGUUAACUUAAAGGAGGCAUACAGCGAGCGAACUGCAGAACUAAGAUGGAGACAAAUGGAACAACGGUGUUCCUUCAGCAAUUCGCUCGAAGAUUGGCUUGGUGAAAAAAGACGGAUACAAAAGAACACGAUUAUUGACCAUGGAAUUUACAGCAGGUACCACGUUCCUAAGCAUUUCACCAAUUUACCAAAGGUGAAAACCUCUCAUGAUUGCAUGAGGAAAUAUAAUGUCAAGGUUUCAGCAGAAAUGUUUCCAGCCAGAAAGGAAUUUUCCAACGAAAAAAUGACAAAAACUUGUAUGUCUCCAGUACGCACACCCGUCGCAAAUCAACUCUGCAAACUUCGUUACAAACACAGACCUCACUGCACUAGAUAUCCGAACUAACGUAGAUCAGGCACAAUGCCCACUAUGAAAAACACCCAAAUGA